AUGAACAAAUUUAUGGGUCAGAAGGACAAGAAAGCUAUUACAGAAGUCCAGGUGCACCCCUCAUAUUGGAAGGAGAGCCUGUUCCACUACUAUAACUCCGACAUACAAUGGCAGCGAAUAUUGGCAGCAGUAGAAGGCCUGCAAGAUGGCAAAAGAAAGAUUGAUAGGUUUGAAGCUGAGGGAACAUCUGGUGUUGCUGUGAAUAACAAUAGGGGUUCUACAGGUGCACUGACUGCAUCAGAAAGAGCAGAUGUCUCUGGCUCCGCUACUGAGAAUUUAAAUGCAAAGGUUAAAGAUAUGGAUCAGUUUGAAUCUGUUACUAGAUUACUUACUCUAGCAAAGUUAUCACGUGUUUUUUGUACCUUAUCUGUUUUCUUGGCACUCUUGUCAUCUAGAAUAAUGAAUUAUGUUUACGAACUGUCUCAAGCAUCUUUAGCCGUUGAAAAGUUUUAUUCUGCUGCUGCUGCUGCUGAUUCAUAUAGGCUUUCUGGAAAAGAAUUUCAACAUGUCCUCUGUGCAAGGCUGGUUUUUCAAUCAUAA